AUCGGGAAUCAACAUGAUCAAACAUAUCAUCUUUCUCAUGAAUAAUUUUCUCAAAACGGACUUGUCUAGAUUAACCCUAAAUACUUCAAACCAUACCAAGAUAUAAAACACAUCUUUUCGCUCAAUUUGCCAGUUUUUGGUUCCUUACUAUCUGUCACGAUGUCUAACAGAAACAAGAUCAACUUGCCCCCAAUCUCUGACAUCUUGUUGAACCACCCCCAGGGCCCUGUGCCUGUGGGCUCUGCGAGUCCAUUGGCCGCUGGCGCCUAUGCUCCAAGUCGUCCUGCCCAAUCGCCACCAGUUCUCCCACCAUUAUCUCGCCAGAACUCACACUUGCCCCUGCCCAUGCCACAGCCUCAGGCUGCUGCCCACCAGUACAAGUACUACGACUACUACUACGGCAACUCCUCGCAGGUGCCCUACCCACAACCAAACUACUACAACACACCUCCCUACACUGGCGGACAAUAUUACGCGCCACCAUAUGGUGCCAGACCUGCGCAGUCGUUGAGCUUUGCGCCUAAGCAACCAGUGAUGGCAGCCAAUGCCACCCCUUCAGGACACAUAUUGGCCAGAUCACCCCUCUCCAACAACGCCUCGCCUGUUUACACGAACGACGUGACGCCACCCCCUCUCUCGUUGAGACACUCGUACAAAGGCGUGCCCAGCGCCAAGAUGACCAGUCCCAGCGAGGAAGACGACCAGGACGACGACUCGUCGGCCAGAUCGGACUCGGACUCGUCACCCAGCUCGAGCUCGGUGCUCCAUGGCGGGUCCAAGCGCAAGACCAGAAAUAACUUGCCCAAGGAGACUACCUACAUCUUGCUCAAGUGGUUGAACGACCACUUGAACCACCCAUACCCCAACUCGUUCGAAAAGAACCAAUUGAUGAUUUCUACAGGCUUGAAUCAACAGCAAUUGAGCAACUGGUUUAUCAACGCGAGAAGAAGAAAGAUUAAGAGUUUAAAGGAACAAAGACGCUUAAACUUGGUAUGACUUCACUUACGACACAUUUUUAAUUCUGCUUCAUAUUACUAUUGUUACUUGGUGGUCCGGAUAUAUACUUAUGGGAUAUUCUAAUAUAUUUUUUCGCAAGGAUU